GCCCUUCACGUGAUAGAGGCUACAGGCGAUACCAGCGCGAUAUAAAAAGACCUUGAGCAGCAAUCCUCGUCAUUUGGAGAUAGCCUGCCGAGCAGCCAAAACUUUUGUCUUAGAGCUGUACUGGGUGACAGGGAAACAUCUCCCAGUAUCAAGAAGUACCUGCUAGUACUCUGAAAAGGUCCACGAUGAAGUACAUAAUAGUGCUGGUUUUGUUGAUCGUUCUUGAAGUUGCCCUGGCCAGACGUCCCGGGGGCCCUCGAGGUCGCCAUGGAGAUGAUGAUGAUAGCGAAGGUCAAGGCCGUCGAGGUAGACAUGGCGGGAGGCGCGGCAAUAGACAACAUAAGCCGCGUGGCUUAACCUGUGCUAAUAUUACUGAGACUGAUUGUGACACCUUGCCGCCAAUGCGCCUGUGUGAUGACACAGGGUCCUAUACCAACUGGUGCGACUACAUGAAGAGAGUGAAGUGUCCCCAGGGACUGCGCGGUAAACCCGAGGGCCUUUUCCCCUGCGACGAGGCCGGGGCGCCAAUCCCAAAGACGAAUCUCGGCCGAAGGAGGCACCUGAAGCUCCAGGCCAAGUGCGCCCGUGUCGCCGAGGAGGACUGCUCCACCCAUCCUGGGCCGAAAAUAUGUGACAGCUCCGAUAACAGCACCUACGCUAACAAAUGCGAGUUUCUGAAAGACAAGUGUCAAGACCUUUCAGCCGGUAUUAACUUCGCAGCUAUCUUCAAAUGUGACGAGAACGGCAAUCCUCUACCCGCACCUACCCGAGGGGGGCGUAGGCGAUGUGGAAAACUGUGUAGACGGCGCCAGGGGCGUCAACCUGAGUAAACGUCAUCAAUAAGGAAUAAGAAUUAUGACGCUAUCACGAAAAGAAGCAGCGUUUACAACCUGUUAAUCUGUCUUUGACGCAUUACUUUUAAUAACAAUUCUAGCGAGACCAACACGUAUGUGUAUCAUUGUUGCAUGGGAAUCAGCGGAGAUAACCCCGAGUCUCGCAGCUUGGCGCAAAAUCAAGCGAGAUUUCGCGGCAUUUGGAGGAGAGUGGGUUAGGAAACAAUGGCAGGCCAGUUUCGUUUUAUGUUAUUUCUGAUGAUUCCCAUUGAAAAGACUCCUUUUCUGUCUUAGCACAAUGUGAUCAAACAUGUUGAUAAAUGUUGUAGUUUCAUACUGUCUGUUCAUUGGUCUUUGUACUGAAGUUAAUGUUGUAAAAUGGACAUCCUUUUUCAACAGCACAGAUACAUUAGAUCGCUUCCAUUUAGAUUUCAUUCUCAUUGAAUAAUGUUUAAUCAUUUAUAAGUACUAACAAAAGUAAGUAUGCCUUUUUCCUGUUUUUGUAAGAACUUCUCAUGCACAUUUCUUCCAUAAAUAUCCAUAAUGUGAUUUCUCGUAAUAAAACACAUGCGAAAAUGCC